UAGGGACAUUUAGGUCAAUGAGCAAUUGAUGAAGGAAAUUGCUUCAUACCCCUAGACUGUAUGGCAAAUGGAAUCCUCUGCAUCCUAGGUGUCUUAAGAUAUAAUGUGGGCCAUGUAAGAAGGAACUGCAGAUGCUAGUUUUCACCGAAGAUAGACACAAAAUGCUGGAGUAACUCAGUGGGUCAGCCAGCAUCUCUGGAGAGAAGGAAUGGGUGACGUUUCAGGUCGAGCCUUCAUCAGACUGAGAGUCAAGGAGGGGGCACUGUUGAUCUGUGAGCCCAAUAAUGGGAGCUCAUAGAUGCCAUACAUGGAAGUGCCAGGGCAAACUAAAUGAAUGGCAGAAUCAAGCCAAGUGAUUGAUUCUGCAAUUAAUACAUUCCAAAGAUUAAUGUUAAGUUUGCACUCAUAAACACAGCACCACACGGAUGAAUUUCUGGCCUCAGACGUCCGUGGUGUCACUAUAUAUAGAGUCACUCCUCUCAGAGUAGCACGUCAUACAUCAUACUUCCUAUACAGUCUAACGGAAGGAUCACGGCGCAAGGUACUGACAGAAAAACUUAUCUCAUCUAACAACUUGCAGCACCAGCACCAUCCCUGUCCCCUUCCCAAAAUCCAUGAUCCAUCCAAAUCCAGACCAGGAUUCUUUGCAGCUGUGAUCACCGGCCAUGUAGACAACCAUGGGAUCCAGGAUCAAAGAGAACCCUGAUAGGACAUUUGAAUGGUUUAUCGAAGCCUUGUGUCCUAAAUCAACAGAUGUUGAUCCUGCAGUGCUGAAACAAUAUCCUGAGGAUUACAAUGACCAGGAAUCUUUACAGAGCCUGCCGAAGUUUUGCUUCCCGUUUGACAUGGAAAGGGAGUGGGAAAGUUCCACCGUCCAGCAGUUCACGUUCGUGCUGACAGAUAUAGACGGCUAUCAGCGGUUUGGUUUUUGCCGCUUGACCAGCGGAUCGAAGACCUGCAUCUGCAUCCUCAGUUUCCUGCCCUGGUUUGAAGUUUUCUACAAACUCCUAAACAAUAUAGCUGACUACUUGGCAAAGGGGCAGGACGUCGAGAUGAAAGAGCUCCUGAGGGUUCUGUACACUCAGCCACCACCCCAGUCAGGCUCUCCACUCAAUCUUGAAUUUGCCCAACAGCUGGGAGUUACGACGGAACGAUAUCUGAAAGAUGUGACGAGGGAUAUCAGUAGUGGUAUGCCACUGCUUUCUUAUUUUAUUGCCCCCGAUGUCAACAGCUUGCCGACAAUACCGGAGAGUAGAAACCUGACAGAAUACGUGGUUGCUGUUGAUGUGAACAGCAUGCUGCAUCUCUUCGCCAGCAUGCUGCAUGAGAGACGCAUUAUCAUCACUAGCAGUAAACUGAGUACGUUAACGGCUUGUGUGCACGGUUCGUCUGCAAUGCUUUAUCCCAUGUACUGGCAACACAUAUACAUCCCUGUGCUCCCUCCACACCUCCUCGACUACUGCUGCGCUCCAAUGCCGUACCUAAUAGGGAUUCAUUCCAGUCUAAUGGAGAGGGUGAGGAACAAAGCCCUGGAGGAUGUGGUCAUAUUAAACGUUGACACAAAUACCUUGGAGUCACCCUUCAAUGACCUGGAAAAUUUGCCGACUGACGUGAUGUCUGUUCUGAAGAUGAAGUUGAAGAAGCAGUCAGCAGUGACUGGAGAUGUGGUGUCCCAUGCUUUUCUGAGGACGCAAGCUGCAAUCUUUGGAAGCUACCAGGAUGCCCUCGAGUUCAAUCCUGGGGAACCAGUUACGUUUUGUGAGGAGACAUUUGUGAGUCACAAAGCCAGCUCGAUGAAGAACUUCCUGCAGCACGCUGUGCACCUUCAGCUGUUCAAACAGUUUAUAGAUAAUCGGUUGGAAAAGCUUAACGAGGGCAAACUGUUGACAGAUGUAUUCGAGGAGGAGGUUAAUCUGGGCGGUUAUUCUUCAGGCUCCUCCAAGAUGUAUCAGCUAUGGAAGCAAAACGUAAAGAGAGGUGGCGGGGCCCUGAUCCACACCGUGAAAACUAAAGCCAAUCCAGCUAUGAAGAACAUGUAUAACUUUGCUAAAGGUCAUGCUAAAUUGGGCCUGAAGGGAAUGAAAAAUCGUCUGAAGCACAAGGACCUGGGUGAUGAACGAGAGUUACAGCGCGGCGGUUCGCUCCGGUAUCAACCCGUCCAUCAGCGGCACAUCCAGACAGAGAGCUUACAGAACCGCCUACCCAUCACCCAGCACUUUGGUCAAUCUCGUCCUCGACGGCCAAAUCGCCACUACACGAACAUCGAUGGAUCUCUCGCCACUGAGACAGACAGGUCCACCUGUGAUGAAGAUGGGCAGGACAGCUCCCUGGAUACGGUCAGUGAUGAGCUCCUGCAGAUAGAGGAUAUGGACCUGCUCGGGGAGAUCUUUGAUACCCUCAGCACUCAGACAGCUCAUGACAAGGGCCUUCUGUACGGGACCCGCAGCCUCGACUUCUUCAACAUGGACUCCAUGGAGGACAUCCGCAGGGUCAGGGGUACCAACCCCAGCGAGGAGAACAUCAACAGGAGAGAGUCGGAGCCAGUGAGACCCCAGGUGUGGAGUUUUGAUGGAUCCACAGAGUGUAUGAAGUCCCUGUCGGCCUCCUUGGAAGAAACAUCAGACAUGUCCUCUGUGUCGACCAGCCAGGCAGACCUUGGAGAUUCUGGGAGUGCCUCAAGUCACGAAGAAAACAUAGCGCCUCCAGAGUUGCAGCCUGUGAAUCCCCAUACUCCGAGCACCAGCAGUUCAGAGGAGCAUGGAUCACAGGACGACUCCUUGUCCGUUUCACCAUCUGCCAAAGGUAAUGAGAAGUGUACAGGGAUUCACUGGGAUAAAGGGUCCUUACUAACUCAGCCAACGGGAACACCGACUGAAAACGGAGCCCCUCAGCCAGACACAACCGAGACAAGAAAUGAAAUGCUGAUUGAGGACUUGGGUUCCCAGGGUUCAGCUACAGAGAUCGACGAGCUGAAACCCUCAGCAGAGGACCACCAAGAACAGGAGGUGGAACAAGACGAAGGUCCGGCAACAUGUGCAGAAGAAAGUGCCAGCCUAACUGAGCGUUCACCUCCACCAACAGCUCCUAAAACAUCAACCACGCGGCAGAGAGCGCGGUUAACGUCGCAGGUGCUUGAAGGCAGGGGGGGUGAAGCCAACCUCGAUGUGAAGGAGGAAAGCUCCUGUAAUCAUGGUGCUGGGAUGGCAGUGGAGGCUGGCAGCGAGAUGGACCCCUCGUGCGUUCCCACUGUCCCAGCAACCAGCAAGGAAGAGGCAGCCCAAAGUGUGCAAUCAGCCCUGUCCUAUUUCCAAGCCCGUGCUGGCGAGAAAAAGGCCGAAAUUGCCAGGGGAAAGGUUCGCUCAACGUCCGUCGCCUUUAGAUGUGUGAAAAAGGAGUGGAAAGAAGAACUGGGUGAAUCCACCUGCAACACCUCCACCACCCAGCCGCCUAGCGAUGGGCCACCAGCAGAAGAAACAUUGUCUGUGGAUCAGGAAGAACAAAUACCAGAAACUGUGGCAGCACCCGAGACUGAUCCAGAUCUUACAGCAGCCAGGAAGGUCUCGGAGCUGAAAAAGAGAUUUGAAGCCUAGGAGCUGAUUAAAUUUAGAUUUUAUUCCCCAGCAUUGAUGGGUCAGUGACAGAGUAUAGACGCAAAACGCUGGAGUAACUCAGCGGGACAGGCAGCAUUUCUGGAGAGAAGGAAUGGGUGGCGUUUCGGGUCGAGACCCUUCUUCAGACUGGUCUCGACCCGAAACGUCACCCAUUCCAGACUGUUUCAUAGCCUUGACAUGGCAUCCAUAUAAGAUGGGACCUCAUGCUUGUGUCCAGGCAACACUCAUCACCUUGAUAUGUCUUCCUAAACAUGUUGAGAAAAUGAGCAGAAAGGUGAGGCUUUUUCAUUUGUCGUUUAUCUUUUCCUCACUCACACUUUUUGUAUUCAGCCCUGGCUUUGAAGGGGGUAGAGGUUUGUGGCUGGGGAGGGGGAGGGGGAUAGAAACAGAGGGAGGGAGGAUGGGGAGAGUUGACCUUUCCGAUGUUAGGCCAGUGUAAUUUGGAAUUUGCUGAAUUGGGAAGGCGGCAUAGAAAAUAGGUGCAGGUGGCCAUUCGGCCCUUCGAGCCAGCACCGCAUGUAGCAGACAAGCCCACAGUUGUCAAACUGCUGCCUCACAAACACAGGGCUGCCAUUGAACAAAUAUUUUUAACUGCAUAGAUAGGUUAAUAAUGAGAAUACAAUAAGAAUAUAAAUUAAAAGAUUAAACUUUAGCCAUGUUCUGAUGUGCAUCCUUUCAAGAUGGUAGGGUGUUAAGAAAACUCUUUACAAAAUACAUAAGGGGACAUGGCUUUUUAAACUGAGUGUGAAAGCAAAGCUGCCAAAGUGUUGCCAAUAUCUGGUGAGACCCAGCUGGAAGGUUGUGUCCAAUACUAGACUCCACACUCAAGGAAUUUGCAGUCCGAUAAUUAAUGGAAUACUUAACCAGAGAGAGGCACAGGAAACUGGAAUUGAUCCCUUUUAGAGGAGAGUUAACACGUUCAAAAUCACAAAGGUUUUUGAUAGAGAUUUUUAGCAACAGAGUGCAUUCUGAAAUGAAACCUCAGAAAGGACAUUCAAUAAAAGCUUUCAAAUAGUGGAAAGAUUUAUUGGGCAGUUGGGAAAGAACCAAAUGGGAUUCUUUCAAUCUCUAUUUAGCGACAUGUCUUGUGUGGAGCUUGAAAUAUAAUCAGAUUUUGCAAUACUGACCUGUGGCCUGGUGAGGAUAAUGUGCAGCAAACUAGCUGGUUACGUUCAGACAGGAAAUGUUGCACCAAAGAGGAAAUGAUGCAUUAACAUGUUGAGGAGAUUUCAAACCUCAACCAUGGUCACUGUUGGAAACACAGCAAGAGAAAUCUCCUAUGGCCUUUAAAAUAAGUAGUAGGUGAGGGAUAAUUAUUGACCUAUUGCCUGCAUAUCUUCUUGCAACCCCACUUCCCCAACUCGUGUUUGAAAUAGUUACACACCACAACUUCCAAGAUGGCUGCCCAACACAAGCGACUAUUUGCCCUCUGGCCACAGUAGAUCUACAGUUACAUUACAAUCGCUCCACACUCUUAAAUCUGUAUUCCUACAGCAACAUUUCUUACUUUAACUAUGAUCUUAUCUGUACACUGUAAAUGGAUUGAUUGUAAUCAAGUAUUGUCUUUCCGCUGACUGGUUAGCACGCAACAGAAGCUUUUCACUGUACCUCGGUACAUGUGACAAUAAACCAAACUGAACCAUGACUGGUACUAAUGUAUCCAACUACAAUAGUACAGAACUCUUCAGUAUCCAGUAAUUAUCCAAAUCCUCUCGGCAAUUCCUCUAUCCAAAGACCACCACAAUCCUAUGAUGAUUCCCCAAUUUAAUCUAACAGAAUGAAAGUACAGGGUUGGGUCCCUGUCCCACUUUCCUGAGUUACUCACAAAUUCUCCCGAGUUUUCCCCUUGCUUCAAACUCGGAGAAUGUCUGUAGGAGUCCUUAGCGAGUCCGUAGGAGGCCAUAGAUAUUUUGUAGAAGCUCGUAAUGCCAGCCCUAGGUACUCGGGGCAUCAG